AUGCCCAGAAGGCAGAAGAAGACAGCUAAGGUAGUUACAGGAGUGAUGGCACUGUGCAUGGUUGUUUACAUCACAGGACCGUCUCUGUAUUGGCACCUUAACGAAACCAUUGCGGAGUCUUUCCACUUCUCUUGUCCUCCUUGUCUCUGUGACUGUUCUUCUCAGCCUCUCCUCUACAUCCCUGAAGGAUUGAGCAAUCAUAGUUUCUUGGAUUGUAUGAGACGCGAGGAAGGGACUGAAGAGAACGAGAGUAGUUUCACGGAUAUGGUGGCUGAAGAGCUGAAGCUAAGAGAAGCACAAGCUCAGGAAGACGAAUGGCGUGCAGACAGGUUGCUGUUAGAUGCUAAGAAAGCAGCGUCUCAGUAUCAGAAAGAGGCUGAUAAGUGCAGCAUGGGUAUGGAGACUUGUGAGCAAGCAAGAGAGAAAUCAGAGGCGACCCUUGACGAGCAGAGAAGACUAUCUUACAUGUCGGAGCUUCAAGCUCGGCAAAGCGGAUGGAAAGAAACACCUAAUGUCGUUUCCUCUGAUCUAUCUAACUAG